AUGCCCCAUGGGCAGCCACCCUUGCCCGCUUCUCGAAGACAGCAAGACAUGUACACGACAGGGCCUCCCAAUAUGCGCUCGCCUCCCGCAUACAUGGGAUAUCCUCCUCAUAUGAACGGCCAAUUCCCUCCCGCCUACUCGCCGCAGCAAUAUCCUCAUUGGUAUCAUCCGACUGCAGCGCCGCCGUAUCCUCAGAUGCAGCCACCUCCUCGUCCAUUCCAGCCUCCGUACGCCCCGAUGUUCGUUUCGUCAUACCCUCCUGCGCAGCCGGUGAUGGCUCCCGCCCACAUGCCCCCUCCGUCACUUCCCAUGCAGCCCAGGACCUCCACUCCCAUCCAGCCCGCCAUGUCGCCUACUGUUGGCCCGGCGCCUGCUCCGUUCGGUAUGCAAGCGCAGUCUCCGGCAAUUAUCCCCGUCCAUCCGGUACCUAGCCCUGCCAUACCCUCGCCGUCUGUCCCACCGGCGGAAAAGAUCGCUCCGGCCCCGGCCCCGGCCCCAGAACCCAAAGAGCCAUUUCACCCGCCCCUUCCUUGGCUCUCUGUACCUGAACUUCCAUUUCCUGCCAGAGUCCCCCGCCGCCGGCGGAAAGACCGCUUGUUGCAGUCUUCGUCAGCUUCGGUUGAGCUCCCCUCGAAAGAUGUUUCUCAGCGGCCCCUCGUUGAGAACAAUGGCGACCAGAAACCCGCCGAUUCGCUUGCACAGACACCAUCGGAACCUCAGUCUCCAACCCUGUCCGUCGCCCCGUCGGCUACUGCGAAUUCUACUCAACCGACCACGCCAUCGUCGGCCGUUCAUCCUGCUGCACGUCCCCAGUCGCAGUCUAAAGGGUCCAAAUCUGGAGCCCCCGUGGUGCCUGUCGUUCCUGUAGUAUCAGGUGUUGCUUCGCGCCAAGGUACCAAGGAGGAAGCCAACCGUUCCACUGAAGCCGUAGCAAAGUCAUCCGAAGGUGUUACCACCGAUGAGGCCAGUGUGACUGCACCUGGGAGUGCAUCCGCUCACGGUAGCUCUGAGGAGGCAUCCAAGCCAGCUUCGCCUCCUGCAGCACCCAAGUCAUGGGCCGAUCUUGUUCGCUCCAAGGCACUGGCCAAGGGCGCCGCCGCUUCGGGAGCCCCAUCUGCCGUGUCAAACGGCGUGGUCAAGCCUAAGAACGAGUCGCUUGCAGAUGUCUUGACGAGCCUUGGAGAUGAUGUCUCUCAAUACAGCGAUAAAGUUGCUUUCCUUGAACCCAGAGGACUUGUAAAUACUGGGAACAUGUGUUAUAUGAAUUCUGUCCUUCAAAUUCUGGUUUCGUGCGUUCCGUUCUAUCAAUUUUUGGAUCAUAUCGGCAGACGAGCGUCGCAUAGCUUCCACAGCGAUUUUCCAUUGGUUGAUGCAAUGAUUAUGUUUAUGAAAGAAUUCCGCAUUAUCGACGCUGCUCACUCAGAAGAACAAUUGAAACUACGAUUGAAACCCAACGAGCUGGAAGAGUACGGCGAAGCUUUCAUUCCGGAAUUUGUUUAUCAAGUUAUUAGACAGCUUCCCCGCUUCCGCGAUAUGCGACGUGGCCACCAACAGGAUGCCCAGGAAUUUUUGGGUUUUUUGUUGGAAGAGAUGCAUGAAGAAUGUGCUCGUGCUGCUAAAGAUGCCUCUUCCGCGCCUGGCGGAUCGGCAGCUCCUUCGAAUGACGAAUCCUCUACCACGGACGGAGAGUCCGGGGACGGGUGGAUGGAAGUUGGUCACAGACAGAAGCCGGCCGUCACGCGAUCUUCCGGCCACAUCGCCCAAGAAUCUCCCAUUACCAAGAUCUUUGGCGGCAAGAUUCGAUCCGAGUUCAGGGUUCCUGGCAACAAGACCUCUGUGACCCUGGAGCCUUACCAACCUCUUCAGCUGGACAUCGGCUCACCCGAGAUUAGCAACAUUGUUGACGCUCUCAAGGGCUUGACAAAGCCCGAGAGUAUCCAAGGCGACUUCAACUCGUCGCGGGGCUCCAAUGUCACCGCUACGAAGCAGGUCUUCAUCGAGGACCUGCCGCCUGUGCUGAUCCUCCACCUCAAGCGCUUCCAGUACGACAGCGUGACCCAUGGCACACAGAAAAUAUGGAAGAAAAUUGGAUAUCCCUUGGACUUGGAAAUUCCGCGCGAGGUCUUCCCUCCUAACCGACGCAAUAUCAUGAUGAGCCAGGGCGGUCUUCCCAAGUACCGCCUGAUUGGAGUUAUCUAUCACCACGGCAAGAAUGCCAGCGGCGGUCAUUAUACUGUGGAUGUGCGCCGCCAGAACGGUCGCGAGUGGAUUCGCCUGGACGACACUGUCAUUCGGCGCGUUCGAGCCGAAGAUGUUGCCGAGGCCGGAGGCGAAGAAGACCCUAAGGUGCUUGCGGCGGCACUCGAGCAGCACAAGCGCGACAAGGAUCCCAACGCAAAUAUUUACGAUCAUAUUGAUGAUCUGGAACAGUCCGACAACGAGAGAGGCUGGAGCCAGGUCAACGGAGCCGGUUCCAGUGGCCACUCCAGCAAGAAGUCCACCUCGGCGGUUGUGAACGGGAAUUCGUCCCGUUCAUCUCUUGACCGAUAUGGCAUUCGAGACAAUAAGGUGGCAUAUCUGCUAUUCUACGAGCGGAUUGCCUGA